CUUCCGUUAGUUCAGAAACCGCAGUCAGAGAUUCCAUCUCUUAUCUCUCUCUCGCUCUCCUUCUCCCCUGUUCCCCCUUCUCUGAAAAAUCCGCCCCUCUUCCCCUGCCCCUUGCCGGUUGACCUUCUCCUCUUCCAGCCUGCUCGACGUCCCACUGUCUCCUCGGUCGCCGUCGCCGGUUCUCUUCAUCUAUGGAGGUUGCGGGUCCUCUUAAUCUAUGGAGAUCGCCGGUCUUCUUUUAUUCUAUGGAGUUGAAGAUGGCUCUCCUCCCUUCCGGCGUAUCCGAUGUACUCUUUCUUCCAUAUACGGCUGUCCGAUCCCGGCUGUCAGCACCCUUACCCUGUUCUUCAUCGUGUCUUUGCUUAUGUGAUGACUCUCAAGAGGGAGGCUGGGCUCACAUACCUCACUUCGGUUCCUGUGGUGACUGGAGUCAUUAUUGCCAUUGAGGUAUUUGAUUUCUUGGAAGAUAUCUCUGGCAGUUUGACACAUUUGGCUACUAGGGAACUCUCCAUUCUGAAGGACAUAAAGGUGCUAUCAGAGCUCCAUAUUGAAGUUGAUAUCUGCGUUCCAUCAGGUAAAACUUGACAGCAAUAGAUUCGAAUGAAAACCUGUCAUUAUGCUGCGCCAGCCCUAGCAAAAACUGCUGCUGCUGCUUUUGCUAUCGCCUCUCCUAAUGCCCCCUCUCUGGCGUCCUCUGGGAUUCUUCCAUCCAUGAUAGCUUUAAUCUGAUCUUUUGAACCCCCUGCACCUCUGACAACAUCAGCAAGAACCGUCUUGCUAUUGGCAGCACGGCAAAUGUGAUCGGGAAUGUGCCUGUUCCUUCGCUCCAGACAAUUCGGGCAAUACCUUAAACUUCCCUUCACUCUAUAAGUAUUGCAAUAAUUACCAAGCAUUCAAUCAGAUUUAACUUAUCUAAUAGUUCUCCUACUAACUCAUCUCCACUUCACAGCCUCUAUAAUCACCUCCAGUCUGCAAGAAUUAUAAUAAUUACCAAGCAUUCAAUCACCCCUAUAACCAUCCUUUCUCUAAUCAUCGGACAGAAUUUCCCUUUCCAGCGCUCUUAACGCAUCUAACUGAACUCUUAAUGAAAUAAAACUAAUUGAUGCCAGUGGCGAGUGGAUUUUCCUUCCCGGCACUCUCAUCGGACAGAAUUUCCUUUCCCGGUGCUCACAACGGAUCUAGCUUAACCUCGAACCCUAGGUGUUGCGAAUCAUAUGAAUUAAAACGAGUCGUUGCCAGUGGGGAGUGGAUUUCCCUUCUCGGCGCUCUUAACAGAUCUCAUUAACUGUAACCUCGGUGCUAUUGUGGAGUGGAUAA